GAGCCGUCGAGGAACUCGAAUUGUAUGCAAAUCUCGUUGCACGCGACAUAUGCACGAGGUUUUCGAAGAUCUUCAUUACAGAAAUCUGAGAGAAACUACGUACGAUCUGCACGGAAAAUACCUACUUUCGCGCUGCAAAGUGCGUAAAUCGCUGGAAAAUCGAUAAUUAAAAAAAAAGCUCGAAAUUGUGUUCUACCAAUUGGCCAGAGUGAAAAUUCGGUGGAAUAAAUGUCUCGUGAAUUUGAUCUCACGCGGAGAAUUUGCAUGUGAGGACGAGCACGUUGCCGUGAUUAAUCGCAGUUGAAAACAAGAAAGAGCUCGGCUCUGAAAGUUUAACGAAGAAAAUCCAAAAAGAACACGGGGACGUGAUUCGACUGAUAGAAGAUCGAGACUGACGAACUUCGGACCACUAGUGAAUUUCCGGGAAUACGCUGGCGUGCUGCUGACAGAGAAAAAUCGAUCUUUAAGUGUCUCUUCAACUCUCGUUGUACGAUAAAGAAUAUAUACCACCGAAACAGCUAUAAGAUAUAUUUGAUUAUAAUGAAAGUGUAGUUAGGAAAAAUAUGUAUAUAUUUCAAAAAAUUAACGUGUUACUCGGAGUAAUCGAUGAAUCUAGUUUUCAUUGACUACAUAAUUUAUUAUCAAGUAUAUUUAAUAUAUAAUAUAAAAAAGACUAUUUCCUUUCCUUUUAAUCUUAGUUUUUUUAAACAGAAGAUUUCAUAGUUUCUCGAAUCAUUUUACAACGGCAAUUAAAAUACCUGCUCGUUGAUAUGCAGACGAAGAGAGUGGAUAUCAAAUUCACCGGAAACUUUAUGUAGAACGCUUGGAAAUUUUGUACAAAAGUACCGUAACGUCAAACAUCCACACAAAGGAUAUCACGCCGGCAAACUACAAAACGUCAAACUACCGAAUGUGUUCGGUGAAGGAGCUAGUCUGGUGGAAGUUAGCGUGCACGAGGGUUAAUACUCGUAUCCCUCCAACUAGAACAACAUCGAGGAGAAUACACGAAGUUGGCCAAGCAUGAACAAGGGGAGAUCCGGUGUGACAACUACCCGGAAAAUUUUCAUAGAGCCCGCAUCACGAAGAUAUUACGAGCUAUAAAUUAAUUUCCAGUUGCAGAACAAAGGAAAAUGUCGGGCGGGGUGAGAGCUGGUCGAACCACCAUGCCGACGAUUCCGCACUCCAAAAGGCCUACUAUCUUGGUAUAUCCAACGGUAACGCCGGAGAGCAUAAUAAUACCCAUCGUCUCUUGCAUUCUGGGGUUUCCAUUGCUGGCAUUAAUGGUAAUUUGCUGCCUACGCAGAAGAGCUAAACUCGCCAGGGAACGAGCCCGGCGUAGAAACUGUGAUUUGGAUCAUGGCGCACUGAGCCUUGUUCGUUUCAGCCCGGUUCAUCGUCUAGCUGGUGUCGACCGUCCGGCACGUACCGUAUCUUUGAAAAGCGAUCGAGGUUCUCGAAGUUUCCCAUCUCUGGAGCUGGACACCGUCGUCGAGGAACGUUCCGAUCCCGAGCAGAGCACCGCCCUGGAAUUGAGUAGUCCAGAUUAGCAUCCGGUUUUAGCACCGUCAAGAUCUCCACAGCCAUCGAAAUCCUUGGCGGUGCCGUUGCCUGUAGAUCAUAGUCCAUUAUGGACAGCUUUGACGCACGCUAAUGCAGUCUCUGCAGCCUUGGGAGAUACCUAGCAGGAGGUGGAAGACGGCGGCUAUAUUGAAGCUCUCGUCCUAGAUCUGCCAAUCAUUUACUAGCCAGUCUCUCCGAAUGAAUACCUCAUUAAAGAAUCCAGGAACGAGGCUGGAUAAUUUACUCAAAACUAUCAAAUUGCGGUAACAAUUACGCGAAAUAGCAGGAAACAUACUCUUCUAUAUCAAGAGAAAUAAAUAAAAUAAACUGUAUGAGAAAAUAUUCUUCAAGAGCAUCAUAUGAUCUUUGCGUGUAAGUGCGACAAAGCAUAGCGAUGUAUAUGUAAAAUUUUAUACAACUAUUUGCUCGCGACAUUUGCGAGUAGAGCUUUUUACACGAUAAUUAUUAUCUAGAAUGUAUGCGAUAGUUGUAGAAAGUAGCUGGUCUACGAUACAAAUGUGUUAAUGUAAAUACAGAUUUGUUAAUGUACAAACAAAAACGAAAUUAUAUUAAUAAAAUAUUAUUCGUAAAUGUAUUAUAUA